UGGGGCUCCAUGCACUGCCCCUGUCCUGUGUGCUGACUCCACAGCUCCCAUUGGCUGGGAACUGCAACCAAUUUGAGCUGUGGGGGUGGUGCCUGUGAGCAUAGACAGUGUGUGGAAGAUCCCCUGCUCCCCGCAACCUAGGAGCCGUUGCCAGAGGGACAUGUCAGCCUCUUCCGGGAGCGGCGCAGGGCCAGGGUAGGCAGGGAGCCUGCCUUAGCUCUGCUGCGCCGCCAACCAGGAGCCUCCUGAGAUUUCUGAUUGCCAUGGCUGCAGUUGACAGUUUCUACCUCUUGUACAGGGAGAUUGGUCGUUCCUGCAGUUGUUAUAUGGAGGCACUGGCUUUAGUUGGAGCCUGGUAUAUGGCCAGAAAAUGCUUCACUCUUGUGUGUGAUUCUUACAGCUUGAUCAGGUUGCAUUUCAUCCCCAAGCUGGUGAGCAGGGCUGAUUUUGUCAAGCAGUAUGGAAGAUGGGCUGUAGUCACUGGUAGCACAGCUGGCGUCGGAAAAGCUUAUGCUGAAGAACUGGCAAACCGUGGUAUCAACAUUAUCUUAAUCAGCCGGAGCAAAAAGAAGCUGGAGGCCGUAGCUAAAGAGAUAGCCGAAACCUAUAAAGUUGAAACUGCUGUUAUAGUAGCUGAUUUCAGCAAAGGUCGUGAGAUUUACUCUUCCAUUAAGGAAGCCCUCAGAGACAAAGACAUUGGGAUUUUGGUGAAUAACGUAGGAGUGUUUUAUACCUACCCGGAAUAUUUUACCAGGUUGUCUGAGGACAAACUAUGGGAAAUUGUCAAUGUAAAUAUUGCUGCUGCUAACAUGAUGGUGCAUAUAGUGCUGCCAGGGAUGGUACAGAGGAAAAGAGGUGCGAUUGUGAAUGUUUCUUCUGGAUCCUGCUGCAAACCCACACCACAGAUGGCAGCAUAUUCAGCCUCCAAGGCCUACUUGGACCACUUCAGUAGAGCACUACAUUACGAAUAUGCUUCAAAAGGAAUCUUUGUUCAGAGUUUAAUCCCAUUCUUCAUCUCCACAAACAUGACACAAUUUGGUGAUCGCAUUCUGUCAAACAAGUUUUUUUUUGUGCCGUCAGCUAAAGUAUAUGCACAUCAUGCUGUUUCCACCCUUGGGAUAUCCAGAAGGACUACAGGAUACUGGAUCCAUUCUAUUCAGUUUCUGCUUGUACAAUACAUGCCAGAAUGGUUCUGGGUUUGGGGAAUGCAGAUUCUCAACAGUGCUCUACGUCGGGAUGCCGUAUCCCAUGGAAUAUAUUAGGAAUAUCAUCUAGGAAAUAGCCAAUGUGCUAAACUACUGCACUAGCCUACUUUGAGCAUUGGAAGAACUCUCUUUAAAAAACCAAACAGUUUGCUAAUAUGUUUUCAUCAUAAACAAUAUACAAAUAUAGUUACCAGAGAAGCCUGGAUCCUGCCCCUCUUUUGUACUACUGGGCCCAGAGCAACAGCUGAGCAGGACAUAACUGAUUUUUGUCGAGUACAGUUCAGAUAGUUAAAUCUCUGAGUUUCUCAUGCAAUUGAAUGAGAGUGGGCAGUGUGCUGAUCCUGCAUGGAAUUGACUUGCCAUGGAAAUCCUAGUAAUAUGAAUGGGAAUUUAGAUAGCCCGGUGUUUUGCAUGAUUGGGCACUGGAAGAAUUGAAGGGGAUCCCUAAUCAUGUUGUGUUAUAAAGACAAUCUCAGAUUUUAAAUGAACUAAAUCUCUUUACAGUGGACUAUCUUGUGUUGAUUUUCCAAUCUUGUCAUUGCAGAUGUUAUGUUGAAAAAUGUAUAAGGUUACUUUUCAAAACUGGGAGAAAGGUAGAAUGCAUUUAAGCCUUUUUAGUUAGUUCUUUUGUUUGUGCGUGUUCUGAUAGAGCAGCAAUAAAGUUCAAAUAAAAAUGUUUGCUUGCUUUCCUAUACCAAGUUUGAAAGGUUUUGAUCCAAUUUUCAAGUGGAUACUCCAUUAAUAAUCUGUGAUGUCUAAAGAAUUUAAUCAGAUACUUAAACUAUUUUAAAAAGUCCAUGAUUUAAGGUGGAGUCUUUUGAUCUUUUAAAAAUAUAUUUAGGUCUUCUUUCUUCUGUAAGUGAAAACUAUUUAAUUUUGUAACAUUUGCUUUUAUGUUGCUAGUACUGUAGCAUUUUUUACUACUUUCUGCCCACCUUGUACCAUAUACUAUGGUGUAAAUACCACAAAAACUAAAUUUUCUGGGAGUCAAAUAUGCUAUUUUUUAUGUUGUUGUCUACAUAUAAAUCCCAUGUUAAACCAGAAUCUGAAUUAUGCAUAGUAGAUUUUUCACUCAGUUUUCUAUAAUAUCAUUACGAUUCUGUAUUACCACCCCCUUAACUGUUAUAGUGAGACCAUUAAAAAUAUAGAAUAAUGAUGCAAAAGUAACUUCACAUAGUAUCUGGUAGAGCAGUCGGUAUCUUCUAAUUUGUGUUAAUAGAUCCAUUACCCAUGAGGCCAGGAUUUGCCCUAUAUUCAAUGCCAACCUCUUGUGUGGGAUACAGACCUAAAGAGCAGUAGCAACAAUGUACAGUUCCACGGAGGGAGGGAGGGAGGGAGACCAUGCAGGAGUACUCUGCGCCACUUUUACAGCAGAGCAGUGCUUCUUGGCAGCAACAUGGGGGGAGAGUUCACAUGGGUCCAACAACUACAUCUAUCCAUUGCCCAAAACCCCAUGGUGGAGGGCAAUAUAGCAGGUUAUAGCCUCUGAUAGGACCCAGAUGAUGCAGUUGUGGCUGCAAAAUAAAACUGACUCCUUCAUGCCAGUUGUGGGUUCGGAAAGCAGGAUUCUCCCCCUCCACCCAACUCCACUUACCGUACAGGGGGAUUAGAAUUCAGCCCCAGUUGAAUAAAGGAUGGGUGCCGAUGUGACUAAUUACAAACCUGUUACAAGGUGGCUAAUUCUAAAACAUAUCUUGUGGUAUUUUUGGUCAGAUAUCUUUAAAGUCCAAUAUACAGAUAGUUCAUACUGUGAAACCUCCCAAAGGUUUGUAUUAUAUAGAAAUGAGACAAAGUGCUUUAUGACUCAGUAUAUUUGCAAUGCUAAUUAGCAAUUGGCUGGCUGAGUUACUGCCUAGAGUUGUUAGACCCAACUGAAUUUCACUCUAAUUUAUUUGUUUCAUAUAAGCUUAUAUGGUUUGGGUAUUGACUCAUGCUCAUGAACAAGAUUGAUUUAGGUAAGUGUGGGUACAUGCAAAAAUGAUGUAAACAAACUGUACACAUUUUAUUAAAGAAAGACAAACUUUUGUCUUCAAGAAAACACUGAUAAAAUGGUUCUUCAAAAAACUUUCCCAUGUUCAACUUUAAGCACAUGAAAAGGAUGUGAAUAGUUUGAGUAUGGGCCUAAAGUCUUUGCAGGAAUUGGGGUCCUAGUCAGUGACCUGUGAAUAAACAAACUCUUUAAUUUUGCCCACUCUCAAACUAUAUGUAAAAACAUAUUAAAUCAGAAGUUUAAUUUAUGGUACUGAUUUUUAUAAAAGUCAAAUGGCAAAUGCAGCUAAAGCCUACACACUUUUGAAAAGUAAUUGAAAUCAAGUUAAAUACCACAAAUAUUAAUUACUAAAAAAGGAAUGUGAUAUAAAUAUCAUGUGAAUGUAACAUCAAAUAAAGGUUCCUUAGAAAUUAAACAGCCAAGUCAGAGCACUUCAAAAACAAAGAAUUAGAUACAAGUGAGAGAAACAGUAGGUUAAGGAUGGACUAGGCUGCCCAUGUUUAAGACAAAUUCAGUUGUGAUCAUUUGUGACAUUAGUUUAGUCUCAAGUAUCUGUUGUCUGUAUUGCAAAAUAAUGCAUAUCUUGCACUGGGAUAGCACUGCGAAGAACCUUGCACUGUCUCUUUCUAAUGUGAUUUCCUGCUUUAGCUAGUGUCGUCAAUUUCUGACCUUCAUUAGAAUUUAAAUUACUAAAUUAUUUAAAGUGGGGAGGGGAAUCUACCUGUACAAGUGAUAAAGUGAAGUUAAAGCUUUCGAGUUAACCCCACUGUAUAUAGUGCAUCUUUGUACAGCUUUCCAAGACACACAAUAUAUAUAUGAAACUAUCUCUAUACUGUCAAAUAAAAAACUGUUUAAUGUA